UGUCAAAACGUUCUACGCGAAGCGAUUUAGUUUUCUCAACGGGUUCGUCAUCAUUGCCUGAAAAUUAUCACGUUUAUAGAUUAAUGCUUAAACUAGCCUUCAAUAACAUUGGCGCAUUUCGAAACAUGUUAGAGAAUUUUAAAAAAUAAAGUGUAUUCUAAAGCUCUAUUGACCUUACAUCAACGUCGUAUCACUGUUGCUGGUGCUGUGCUCGCACCGCCAUUCAUGAUGUGCUAUUGAGCGAAAAUCAAACAAAUUGUGCGUUAACCCCGAAAACAAUUAUAGUUCACAUCACACAGUGCCACGCAUCUGGUCCAAUGGCAUUCGACAAAAACGGCACCGGCCAAGCUGUAGCAAGUGCAAUUCUUUAGUGUAAACAACAUGUUUUUGUUUAACGUGGAGCCUCCCCAUGGUACAUAGGGCUCCGUUGGCAAUAGCUCAUCUUGUGCGCAUCAAACGUGUUGGUAGAAUCUCGAUAACAAUCUACCAGCAUCUGCAGUAGAAAUUUUCUUCCAUUCCAAACAUGUUGUCAGUCGGAUACGAACAGCGAAAGAAGAACGACCGUAUGAAUGAUAGAAUAUCCGUUGAUGUUAGUCGAAGUAGCAAACACCACAAUCGUUAGCCGCAUUGGGCAUUCGGCCUGCCGAAAUAGCCUUCGACUGUUGGCAUCAAGCGUCAUCAGUGGCUGCGAACGCGCAAAAUGCAGGCAAAAAAACGCUACAUUCUAGUGAUAAUCUGUUGCGCUUUCCUAGGGUACUGCUACCUGGGAGGCUAUCGGCUGAAAGGAUUGCAAGCGCUGUUUCGGAUACGUGUGCUUAAAAAUCCGGACAAUCUACCAUGCUAUCACCAGCUGCACUACCAAUACGCCGAAAGUACGGAUUCAUCAAAUCAAGCGCAAGCAUUACCAGACGAUGAUCUAUUUACCGCUCCCACAUACGAAUCCCGAUUCCGUGAUGUAGCCCCUCAGCCGUCUUUCCAACGAGGUGGUGUUAUACGGCGUGUGACUGAUGAAGGAGGUGCGAUGUUUAAAUCCUGUCGCAUGGAAACUUGCUUCGAUUUUAGCAAAUGUAACGAUAAGAACUUUUACGUUUACGUGUACCCACCGGAGCCAUUGAAUUCGCUUGGUGCACCGCCGCCAAUUAGUCAAAACUAUCAAAAAAUCAUAUCGGCCAUUCAAGAAAGCCGCUACUAUACGACUGAUCCCGAGCAGGCCUGUCUGUUCGUGCUCGGCAUUGAUACACUUGAUCGCGACUCGCUCAGUGAGGAUUUUGUGCGUAACGUGCCGUCUCGCCUGCAACGGCUACCACACUGGAAUAAUGGGCGUAAUCAUAUCAUCUUUAACCUUUAUUCGGGCACGUGGCCAGACUACAACGAGAAUGGGCUCGGAUUCGAUCCGGGACAGGCAAUCCUAGCUAAAGCCAGCAUGAGCAUCCAAUCACUGCGACCCGGCUUUGACGUUAGUAUUCCUCUUUUUCACAAGCAAUUCCCGUUGCGUGGCGGCAAUACAGGUUUCGUAAUCAGUAACAACUUCCCAGCCAACAAGAAGUAUCUACUUGCCUUCAAAGGUAAAAGGUACGUCCAUGGUAUUGGUUCUGAAACACGAAACUCGUUGUUUCACUUACAUAACGCCCGAGAUUUUGUAUUAGUGACAACUUGCAAGCAUGGGAAAAGUUGGCGAGAUUUGCAGGAUGCUCGAUGUGACGAGGAUAAUCGAGAAUACGAUAGGUAUGACUACGAAACAUUAUUACAGAAUUCAACAUUCUGCCUUGUGCCCAGAGGUCGUCGUUUAGGAUCAUUUAGGUUUCUGGAAGUGCUUCAGGCGGGUUGCAUACCAGUGUUGCUUUCAAAUUCAUGGGUGUUACCGUUUCAGUCAAAAAUUGACUGGAAGCAAGCUGCUAUUUGGGCAGAUGAAAGACUGUUGCUGCAAGUUCCAGAUAUCGUACGUUCCAUCUCUACAAGCCGUAUUCUAGCUUUACGUCAGCAGACACAAGUGCUUUGGGAGCGUUAUUUUAGUUCUAUUGAAAAAAUAAUUUUUACAACAUUUGAGAUUAUCCGUGAGAGACUGCCAGACUAUCCUCAUCGGAAUGGACUGACUUGGAAUACAUCCCCAGGGGCACUAUUGACUAUUCCGACCUUUUCCGAUACUCAUCGCCGAUUUCCGUUUCUGCUAGACAAACUUGGUCACACACCCGGACUGAACUAUACCGCCGUAAUAUUUGUACAGAUCGGUACGCAGCUUACACCAAACUCAGCUUUAUACAAGCUAGUCAAAAGUAUUACCAAAAGCCAAUACAUAGAUAAGAUUUUAAUUCUGUGGGCAACUGAUAGAUCUGUCCCGCCGAAGAAACGUUGGCCAUCUACAGGUCACAUUCCACUGCACAUCAUAUCGGGCAGCACGAGCGAAGACCGGCCAAGCAUAUCCCAAAGAUUCUACCCCCACGAUCAAAUCGAGACUGACGCCGUUUUGUCACUGGAUGAAGAUGCUAUAUUAAACACCGACGAGCUGGAUUUUGCUUAUCAGGUGUGGCGUGAUUUUCCAGAUCGCAUCGUCGGCUAUCCGGCGCGGGCACAUUUUUGGGAUGAUUCCAAGAACGCAUGGGGUUAUACGUCCAAAUGGACAAACUAUUAUUCGAUCGUUUUAACUGGCGCCGCAUUUUAUCAUCGUUACUAUAAUUAUCUAUACACUAACUGGUUGUCGUACCUGUUGUUAAAGACGGUACAACAAUCGUCCAACUGUGAAGACAUUCUCAUGAAUCUUCUUGUAUCGCAUGUCACUCGUAAACCUCCCAUUAAGGUGACGCAGCGAAAAGGCUACAAAGAUCGGGAGAGUGGAAGAUCUCCUUGGAAUGAUCCUGAUCAUUUUAUACAGCGUCAGAGUUGUCUAAAUACUUUUGCCGCAGUUUUUGGUUAUAUGCCUUUACUUAGGUCGAACCUGCGACUAGAUCCUGUUUUGUAUCGAGAUUCGGUAUCAAAUUUGAGGAAAAAAUACCGACAGAUUGAGCUAGUCGGUAGCUAGCGAUUUUUGUAUAUUUAUUAAAUUAGGUUACAUGUCAUAUUCAAAUAACAUCGAACAUCAUUUACAUACAACCUUCAUUAAAUUAAAUCCUCGUACAACAAGGAUUUAACUGUCGUGUUGUUCAAAUAGUUUGUUUUUAACUAACCCUCUGAAAGGGUUUAAUGGUUUAGUUUUCAGUGCUUCGCAUCAAAAGCUAAGUAAACUGGCUAAGUAAUAUUAUUUGAAAUACAGUAAGAACAAUGUGAGCAUAAGUGAUCAUCAAUCAAAAAAAUAAAAAAUAAAACACAGGAUAACAAUAAUUACUUGCGAUAUUACAUCGCAACGUUUGAUUUUAAUUUGUUGAACUAGUCGAAAGUAGAUACUAAAAUGCACAACAUGUUCUUCAUGUCUUACAUAUAUUUUUAAAGAAAAAAUAAAAAUAUAGAAAAAAAAUAAAGCGAUGUGUCGAUUAACGCAGCAUGUAAAAACCAUGAAAAUACACAGCAGCAAUUGUUGGCAUUACAUAGUAGCAAAUAAUUACUAAGCAAAUAAGUUAACUUGUCAAGGAUGGUGAGCGGCUGAAUAUAUAAGCGAAUAAGUAGAAAAGUGUAUAGAAAUUUGUUGAAUGUAAUAAUCGAAAAUACGCGCAUGUUUAGAAAAAUGAGCUUUAGGCAUGUUUGAGCCAGUUGCUGCUAAUGCGCGGAAUAGUUUCGGAAAGGCAGAAUGUUGCUUCCAUCACGAAUAGAUUAUCUUUUUUUACCAUAAGAAUAGGCCAAUGAUGCAGCCGCACGGCAUUUAAGUUAGAUGUAUUUUAACUACACACCAACGAUGCCAUUUGUGUAUAUACCCCGAAAUAUAGUAGUUAGUGAAGCUGACAGUUCUUAAAAGUUUGAUUUUGUAUGUACAUUGUUUGUUUGCAUGUUAUUUAAUAUGCAUGUUCAUUAACACUCAAAACAUAAAAAGGAUGCUAAUUAAAUGUAUUUCACACAUGCACUGUGGCCAUAAUAAUGGGAAGAAAGGUGUUUUGUGAUUCAUCUGAAAUAGUUGUACUAUAUUGUUUUGCUCGUUACAGUUGUAUGAACUAACUAACCUAAAAACCGAUUACAUAAACUGUGGCAGCUUAAAAAAGUAAUUUUGCUCGUUUUACUGAUGUGACAUUUUUUUUAAUUUGAGUUAAAAGCGGCACGAUAAAUUUAUUUAAAAAUAUUUUGAAAUGAAAUUUUGCAUCGAAACAAGCAAAACUCAAUAAUUCAAAAUGUGUAAUCGCUUCUAUACGUGCGGUAGCACAUUAGCGAUUAGCAUGUUACAUCAAUUGUAUGAUUAAAUCAUCACACUGAAAUAGAAUGCGUGUAUUCAGUAAAAUAGGAGAAUAGUUUGUUAUAUCAUAUCCAGCAAAUGGUCCAAAACAGACAAGCAAAGGGAAACAAAUCAAUUAAAUCUACGAUCAUAACACUAAACUUCUAGAAAGUUCUAUGAAUAAUAGAAAACCACGAAGCCAUAUCUAGGAAUGCCAUUUACGAAGCCAGUAAAGAAAAUUCAGCAAUACUAGGAUUUUAAAGAUAAAACAAAUACAACAGGAAAGUGUGAUGAUGAACAUUUAUUUGUUAGAACACAUUUUUGCUUUCAUUAUUUGAUCGAACACAUUUUUUGGCAUUGAAAUGUGUACUAUUAUUAUUUGUUAGUUUGUUAAACAGUGAACGCUACAAAUAUCAAUUAUCUCAAUUAUCUGGCUAUAACCUGUCCAACCGUCGUGGAAAAAGUAAAACAAAACAACAACAAAUUAAAUUGUUUCUUUCACUAAGUUCUCUUUGAAUUCAAACUAAUGUUGCUGAAAUAAACGUUUUAAAUAUAAUUUAUUUUUCACUAUAAGAGUAAUAAAAUGGAAUUUAGUAAAUCCUAUGAAAAGGGAUAUGGCAAUUACUCUAUUAAAGAUGUUCGACAAUUGUUUCUAUGUUCUGGUUAAUAUUUUGAUCAUUUGUUAAAACAUUCAAUAUCAAUUAAACUUAACUAACUUACCGAUCUACCUCAUGGCUCAUCAUUAUGCUCCCAUAUAGUGCUGAUGCACGUGACCAACGAUCGUUUCACUAUCAUUUUCCUAUGUCUAGUUUACUUAUCCUUAAAUAUUAUCUUUCGUAAUAACAUACAAUUACACCGAUUCAUUUUUUUUUUUUUUUCAUUUUGCAACAUGGCAGGUUUAAUGGAGAAGACUUAACCGAUUGUACAUAAAACAACAAACUAUUAAAGCUAAUGAAUUCAUUUGCUCUAUAUGUAUAAUUCUUAUUGUCCAAAUUUACUUAAUCAAAGGUCGAUCGGUCGUAUUCUAACAACAGGAAAUCAUGCUCAGCAAGUUAAUUAACCAGAACUGAUAAAACCAACAGGUUUUUUCCGUUCAUAAUAUUUCACUCCUUAUCAGUUCAUUGGAGGAUCCUAUUUUUUCUUGUGUUGUCCAUUGUACGGUUCUUUCAUUAAAAGUUCUAUUUUAAGGGUGUCGUCAUCCUAAUCAUCGAGCUAUACUACAUUAGCAACAAAACAAGACAAAAUUGUACAAUGUGUCGAACAGUAAAAGCAACAAUUGUCAAUGAACAAGACUGGACCCUUGUAAAACAAACGAACACAAAUUCUUUUAAAUAUCGAUUUCGCUGUGUGUCUCAUAUGUUAGAUAUUUUAACAAAAAUAAUAUUGAUGCAGUCACCAAACAUUUGGUAUUGUUUGAUAACGCAUACGGGCUCUAUCUAUAUUUGACAGGAAACGGUUAAACAUCUAUACGAGUAAUUUGUACUGAACACGCCGAACCACAAAUAUGGUACAGCGUCAAUAAUCAAUAUUAAUCAACGACAUAAUCUACAAGAGAUUUCUUCAUCUUCCGACUAAAGACGGGACACCGAUAAAAAAUGUCACUGGUUUGUGCUAUCAGCGGUUUUUUCCUUUACAAAUACAAAUGUGGCACGUUUUAAAUGGAAGCUCUCUUGCCAUCGUCAUAAUGAGCAUCAUACCAUCAUAACCAAAACCCAAAAGUCAAUGUGGUGAUAGUAAUUUUUUAUAGCUAGAUCGAUGAUGAUCUUGCCAGCCAUCAGUAGUCAACAGUAUAUAAAGAUUUGAAUGAGUGAAAUCUUCUAUUUUCUUAUAGCGACAAUGACGACGCGUGUGCCUUUUUGUUUGUAAAUUCUGGUUCUAGCCACCGAAAGUAGUACGAAGACACAAAAAGAAAGUGGUAGGUUGCAUUUUUUAUGGUCAACGAUGCUGAACCUGGUCGAAUGGGAAGGUUCUUAUAGUGACACGCGUCAGUCUAGCUAGCCGAGCGCUUCAAUUUAGUUUGUCGGCGUUCUAAUCAGUUGGUUUAAGACACCAACAA